UCUUGCGCGGGGCGGUUCCAGUAGCGGGGCCUGGGCCGGAGCUGCUGUAGCCAUGGCUUUCACCUCCACCCCGGUGAGCGGGAGCCGCUCUCUCAGUCAGGCCACCGCCUCGCCGCUGAGCCCGACACGGCUGAGCCGGCUGCAGGAGAAGGAGGAGCUGCAGCGGCUCAACGACCGCCUGGCCGCCUACAUCGAGCGGGUGCGGGCGCUGGAGGCCGAUAAGUCGGCGCUGCAGCAGCGGCUGGCCGAGCAGGAGGCGGGCAGCGACCGGGAGCUGGGCAGCCUGCGGCUCUGCUACGAGGCGGAGCUGGCCGACGCCCGCCGGGCGCUGGACGAGGUCGCCAUGGAGCGGGCCACGCUGCAAGUGGAGCUGGGCAAGAUCGGCGAGGAGCACCGGCAGUUGCUGAGCAGGAAUUCAAAAAAAGAAGCUGAUUUCAACCUGGUACAGGCUCGUAUGAGAGACCUGGAUGCUCAGCUGAAUGCGAAGGAAGCCGACUUAGCAAUAGCUUUGAAUGAGAACCGAAGCUUGGAGAAUGACCUUUCUGAAUUAAAGGGUGAAGUAGUCACUCUGCAGCUGUCACUGGAAGAUACCAAAAAGCAUCUCCACAGUGAAAUGUUGAGGAGGGUGGACCUGGAAAACCAUAUGAAAACUUUGCAGGAACAAAUGACGUUCCAGAAGCGCCUUCAUGAAGAUGAACUCAAGGAGACAAAAAGAGUCCAUGAGAGCAGGAUAGCAGAAUUAAUAUCUGGCCAUCAGAGAGAAUUUGAGAGCAAGCUCACAGAUGCUCUGCAGGAGCUCAGAAAACAACAUGGAGAACAAAUUCAAGGAUACAAAGAGGAGCUGGAACGAACAUUCAGUGCAAAAAUGAAGAAUGCUGAGCUAUCUGCAGCAAAAAAUAGUGACUUUGCCAAUGCUGCUCGGGAGGAGCUGAUGGAAACAAAGCUGAGAGUUGAUGUUCUGACAUCUCAAGUUAAUCAAUAUCAAAGCCAGAAUGUUGCUUUGGAGAACAGAAUAAGGGAGCUACAGGAGACGCUGGAUUAUGAUCGUGAUCUCCAUCGGAGGCGUAUGGCUGAAAAAGAGAAAGAAAUGGCACAAGCCCAGCAGCAGGCACUAGCACAGUUGGAAGAAUAUGAGCAUCUCUUAGAUGUGAAACUGGCUCUAGAUCUGGAAAUAAAUGCCUACAGAAAGAUGCUGGAAGGAGAGGAACAGAGGCUAGAGCUGUCACCCAGUCCACCUUCACACAGCACUGAAACUCAAGCAACAAGUCAAGGGCGACGGUUCCUGUAUGGGAAGAAAAGGAAAAUGAAAGAAGCCAAAAAGAGAGGGCAUAGUGCUGGAUUUAAGACUGUUCAGCAUGCUUCAUCUUCUGGAAAUGUAUCUAUUGAAGAAAUUGAUGCAGAUGGGAAAUUUGUCAGGCUUAAAAACAACUCCGAUGAGGAUCAACCACUACAUGGAUGGGUGUUAAGAAGACAUAUUGGAAGUGUGUCAGAUGUAACAUACAAAUUUCCUUCACGGUUCAUUCUUCAGGCAGGCCAAGUAGUUACAAUCUGGGGUGCAGCUGCUGAUGUAAGCCCAGGUCCCAGUGAUCUGGUCUGGAAGUCUCAGAAGUCUUGGGGAACUGGGGAUAAUAUUGGUGUUACACUCAUCACAGAUGAUGGUGAGGAACUUGCAGAGAGGAAGAUAAUGCUUGUACCCAGAGAAGAAAGCGGUGAGCAAGAUGAUGAUUAUGAAGAAAUAACUGGAAGUGGAAUGGAGUUUCCAUCUCAAACCAAAAGAAGAAGAAAAAAGAAAUGUUGUUUGGUUUCAUGAUAGUGGUUCCUGUGAGCAUCCUUAAGCAGCAACUUUACAGUACAGUUGUGUGCCACUUAUGGUAAGAAUCAAUCCUAAUACUCCCACUCAAAUGUUAAUGUCACUCCUGUCUGCUGAAUUCCUAUCAAACUUUUGUCAUUAGUACCUAUAUGCUUCUGCUGCAUUAGUAGUACUGAAAUAAUGGCAGCUUAGUAAAACACAGUUAACUUCUUGCAUGUUGUAAAAUGAUGCAAAGAAAGCAUGCUGUGCUUUAAAGGAAAACAGGGUUUCCAUGGGUUUUGCUUCUGCUUUUACCAUUCUAACUAGGAUAGCAUGAAUGUGCAUGCCACAUGUUGAUAGCUCUUAAUUAAGAAAGGUAUAGGCUCAUGUAUUGCAUGGACUCAAAAUUCUUAAAAGCUUGUUGAUUUUUUUUUUCUCCCCACCACCCCUAAACCAUCUAGUAUAGUUAAGGUACUGCCUCUUGAAAACCUGCUGUGCUUUAUUAAUAAGCAACUAAAUCUACACAACACUAAACCCUCCCAUACCUACAUGAAGAUCAGGUAGGUAAUCAGCAAUAAAUACUGUCUAUACAGGUGCUAAUUAGCUUAAUGUCUUAAUGAUUUAUUUCUGCAGCAAAAUGAGGAUCCUAGCUGUUCUGUCAUGUAGUGUGGACACAGAGAUGAUCAUCUGAAAACACUUCUCAAUCCCAGGUGACAUAGACUACAUGUGUUUUGGUAUCUUCUGCAAUAACUGAAACUUGGAAUUCAAGUCUCCCAUCUGACCUCUUUGUAAGAAACAUUGUCCGUAACAUGAUGAAAUUUCCUACCUUCUGGUACUGGACCUUGUUCUUGGAUUCACUGAUAUAAAGAGCAGUAGAAUACAAGCUCUAUGUGAAGUUAUUUUUACUUUAACACAAGGAUCUGGUUUCUAUGACCUGCUGAAACAGGGGAGGGUACACAGUUUACAAAACUUCUAAACAUAUGCCCUAGAAGGGUGCUAAAUACUUGACAAUGAGCAUGAGGCUGCCUCAGCCUGAUAUGGUGUUUCUGCAAAGGGGAUAACUUGUUUCAAGCCUGAGUGGGAAACUACAUGGGCCAGAUCACACCCAAGGUUACACCCUAAGCAAGGCUGAACUUGGCUGCAGUAAUCAGCACUCUUCAGGAUAGUGUUGUACUGGAGACACUUCUAGCUCAGAUCCUGAUGCUGAAAUAUAUGAAACUGGUCUAGAUUGCUUGCUAGAGAACAUCCCAGAGUUUAAAACUAGAAGUUGUAAAAAAUAUUCUUGUCUUAUUACAUGUACUGUACUCUAGCACUUGGAAAUCUACCUGUUUCAGUAAUAUAUAUUCUUAGAUACAGUAUAUCACAGCAUAGCUGCAUUAAACUUAACUUGGACAGAUGUAUCCUGUAAAUGUGAAGAAAAAAUCUCAUUCCAAUAGAGAAGGUACUGCAACUAGCAACAUUAGCACUCUGGUCCCAACAAGCCAGCUUUUUAAGGUGCUAGAGAAAAAAAGACUAAAAGAAAAAUCAAAACUAGGAAACACUAACUGUAGUAACAGGUACAUCAAAAAUACCUGCUCUUAGAACCCUUAUGUACUAAAUCUCUGCCGUACGGCUUGGUGUAUGUCUAAUGGGGCAGUUGGGGGAAUACUGUCUCUUGGCCAGUAUGUAAUUUACUGUAACUACAGUAGCUCUGUAGUCCAUGUAAGGCCUGACCUGUAACCCUCAGAAACCAAGCAGUCAGCCUCUGGGGCCAGUGCAUUCAAUUAUUCUUAGCCUCUUUUUACUAAACUGCUUACCUUACCUGCUGGCUCUGGUAAAGAAAGGGCCUGAUGAGCCACAUCACUUCUUUACAAGUGUGGGGGGAAUAGCUGAGAUUGCUGAUUUCUCCAAAUGUUGGCAUAGUUUGGGGGGUUUUUUGACUGUCUCUUGUCUUGCCAAAGUAUUCAGUUCUGAAUUUAAGACCUGUUCUAUCUUAGGAUGCAGUUGUUAAGAGUUUAAGCUAGUAUAAGGAAAGCUUCACCUUAGUUAUUUAAAGUCUAGUUUUGAGACAUCAACACUAGAUACUGGUUUAAUACUUGCAUUUGAGCAGAUCUGAAUUCUUGUUGUACCUUAUGGGCCCACACAGAAAUAGAUGCUGCUAUAACCUUGUUAUAUUUAUCUUGAUUUCUUAAACUUUUUUAAUUAAUAAAGAUAUUUUUCAUGAAUAUAAAA